UGGCAGACUGCUCAAGGAGGGGAAAUCUGCAACCACGGUGAAAUGAAGUUCAACGUUUUGCUUCAGAGUAACACAUUUGUAAAGGAUCAUUUGUAAAGGAUCAUUGAUUACACAUUUGACCUCUGACAACUAGUGAGAAACAUGUUGCAUCAAUACGUGCGUAAAAUUUGGAGCUAAAUUUCCCUUUAACAGAUUGGAUGGAACAUAGACAUAAUCUACAUAUACAUGUAUAUUCAAUUAUGUCUAUUGGGUGGGAAGCUCAAAGUUUCCAGGGGAACUUAAUCACAGGCGGACUUAGGCUACGCUAAAAACAAACAUGCGUGUCUGUUGAAACAACUGCCGGGAGGAGCGUGCGUGCGUGUGGCGUGUUUCCUACGAAGGGAAUGUGUUCAGUGUAAUGCUCUAACAUAGCCAUGAGAUUACUCUUCCUAGCCUGCCUUAGUCCAAAGACUGGAAACUGUACAACUGCCGAAAGAUUAAGAUGUCACAUCGAAGCAGCGGGUCACACAUGCAUUCUCCGCAACUGUGAUGACAUCAAGGACCACUCAGAUGUGGCCAACCUUAUGAAGAAAGAGCCCUUCGAAGCGGCCCUUGCAAUUCAUCUGUUCAAAGGGGGCAGAUUUCUUCUUGACAUCCAUGUCCCCUUUGGCAUCGUCUUUGGUGGGACAGAUGUCAAUGAAGAUGUGAAAGAUGAACGAAAGCGGACUGUGAUGGAGCACGUGCUGAAAAAGGCCAGGUUCUCCGUGGCCUUCACACCGCAGAUGAAGGAGAAAGCUGAGAGCUUCUUGCUCCCUGAGAGCAGUAAGAUCCGUGUCCAGCCACAAGGGAUUAAAACUCGGUGUGCCUCAGACUUCAGCUGGAGCGAGUUCUUAAGCAGCUCAGGUGUGGAGGCUGAAUGUGUGGAGGACAUGUGUGUUUUUCUGCUGGUAUGUGGACUGCGGAGAGUCAAGGAUCCACUGUACCUACUAAAAGCUUUCUCAGAAUGGCAUGCCAGCCAUCCCCAGGUGGUCUUCAUCAUCAUUGGACCAAAGAUGGAUCCUGUGUUCUCUGAGGAGGUGGAGGAGAGCGUGAGCAGGUGGGCAGGAGUGUACCACACCGCCGAACGAGAGCAGGAUGAGCUGCACGCCGCCAUGACCCACUCCUUCGCCCUGGUCAACAGCUCCAUCUCGGAGGGCAUGUCCGCCGCCAUCUUAGAGGCCAUGGAUCUGGGAUUGCCCGUGUUAGCCAGAGACAUUCCCGGGAACGCCGCUAUUGUGCAGCAUGAGGUCACUGGGCUGCUCUACUCCUCCCCUCAAGAGUUCAUCCUGAUGGCCAAACGGUUGCUGGAUGACAGGCCACUUCGAGAGCGGCUAGCCGAAAAUGGUAAGCACUACGUGGGUGAACACCACAGCUUUGUCCAGGAGAGGAACACUUACCAGGAGCUAGUGGAGAAGCUGCACUCAUGAUGAGGAAGAGGCUUUCUUCCAGAGCUACUGUGGUUUUAAUACACACUGCAGUGUCUUGUUUACUACUUUGAAAAGGAAAGAAAAUUACUUGAGGGUUUUUUUCUCUUGGCGCCAGUUAAAAUGGGCCUCUUGGUCAAAGCAGUUUUGAACAAGGCUUUAAAAAAAAAAAAAAAACAUAUAAAGGAAAGUGGAACAUUGGUACUUUUUGAUUGUUAGGCACAAAAUGAUCUUGCCUGAUCAAAUACAUACUUAAUUCAAACUAGGACUGCUUUUCAAAUCCAAUGCUGUCCUCAGGCUGAAGGUACCAGGACCAAGGUUCCAAACUUCAAAUCUAUCCAGACACUCUCUCGUCUCACUUCAACUUUUCUCAGGGCCAGAUUGCAGGCCAGUGAACUUCACAUCUUUCCAUUCACUCUUCUUCUCUACCUGUUGACGUCUCUUGCUCCCGUGCGAGAUCUGUCUGGUGCUCUAAGAAUCUCAGGAAUAUUGAGGCAGACAGACUGCAGUUUUUUAAGGACAAUGUUUUUCAAACAUUAAGGAAUGUCUUCAAACGUUCACUUUCUAUUUCCACUUUCUUUUCUACUCAAAAACUAAAGAGAUUUCAAUCUGUGUCCAGUUUACAAGUAGGUUUUUAUAAGAAGCAAAUACUGUAUGCAAAUGACUCAUGCAUUGACGAAGAGUUGGCAGCCAUUUUCCUUUAGUCAAAGUAUGAAGGUGGAAAAAGUUUUAGGUCCCUGAUGGCAUUGCCAGUGGAUAUGACUUAUCACUGCAGUAAUCUGCCAUUUUGGGGGUAAUUUAAAUGCAAUGGUUAACUAGCUUUAUGUCAUUAAGUCAGCUAGUUGUCAUACAACAUUAGUGUCUUAAUUUUCUGGGUAGCAGACUAUCAAGGUUUCAGUCUACUGGACUUUGUUAAGUAUUCUUUUAAUGUUUACUCUCUCUGGAUAUGAUAUUUGAGUAUUGCACCUUUCACUUCCUUAGCUAUGAGAGGAAGGUGAUUCUGAGUUAUUUUGGCAUUGGUGAUUUAUUUUGGCAUUGGUGAGUUAUUAUGUGAGUUAUUUUGGUAUUGGUGAUUUGAUGUUUUAUUUAAAAGUUAUUCCCUGUACCGAAACAUUUUAUAUAAGACAAGAUUACAAACCAUGUACUAUGUGCUUGUUUACUCAAUGUUUACUUGUUUACUCAAAGCAUAUUUUUACUAUGUCUUAAAUAUUUGUAGGGUAUUUUGUGUUAUUUAAUGGUUUAAAAGUCUUGCUCUCUGUCAAAUAUGUUUAAUUAUUUGGAUUUAUUUAUUAUUUAGAUUAAUUCGGUUAUUAUGUACUUCUUUCUCAUGCACAUCAUUAGGAAAUUCAAUAUAUACAAAUAAACGCUUCUCAGAACGA